UCCGCUUGUUACCUUCAUGAUGGGUGUUUUCACCUUACACAUUUUGUGAGGAUAUUCACGGAAAAUCUGCCCGAAAACUAUGUCUUGAUCCCUUCAAGAUAUUAACUUCUGGUGCUCGUUUUUUCCCUUCUUUUUCCCGGAAAAGUGUUUCGUCGGCCAGUGCCUGGCGGCCUUUCUUUUUUCGUGUCAUGUGUCGUUUGACGGGUCGGUGUUGAUUGUGUGGCACAAUGGCGAUACCUCGUCUCGGAGUAGAUUUUCCACAAGACCAAUCCCUCUCCAAAUCCACCACACAACCUAGAAAAUCCUUGUGAUGAAACAAAAAGAUCCCUAAAAUUCGGAUCCCUCGAAUCGGGAGUGAAGAAAUGUGGUGCUACGAAUAAAAAAAUCAACGAUAAUUUCCCGAUCGUUAGAAAGUGCCUCGGGUACUUAGUGUAACUCCUUCGUGUUCUGGACAUCCAAGCAAUUUACUUUAGACUCACUCAUUUUUAAAGCAAAAUCUGAGAUAUUUUCAUUGGAAAAGUGAAGACACGUUGUUCAAGUAAUUUCAGGAAAGUUCGCCGCCCUCGUCCAAGGAUAUUUUCCUCCAGUAUGCUGCUUUCGCUAAUUCGAAAGCGGAUUUUGAAUGUGGAAUGAUCACGCACGCGUGUGUUGGAUGAGGUGAAAAUUCGAUCGUCGAGAAAACAGUUUGUCAGCGGUCAGUGUGUUCGAAUAAUUUUCCCAACAAACAAAAAUAAAUCUUAUUUUCAAGACUGACUCCGAUUUACUACUGUUUAGAGAAACGUUAAACAAAGAAUAUUUUUGUACUCACUGAAGAUAUUCAAGUAACAAUAUUAUUAAGGACAAUAAUAUUAUUUUUUAAUGAGUCAAACGAGAGUACAAAACAGAAAAGGUGGAUACUACUGAAUGUUAUGCAAACCAUAAAUUCCUAGUUUGCGGAUAACUUUUUAAAGGCUUCUAAGGGAGAGGUUGUUUAAUGAGGAAAAGACUUUGAGUUUGCGUUUAUCAAAAGCGAAAAUGGGAAACUGUUUCAGUAGCCAGGCAGAUGCGGAGAAGGAGAAGCCUGAUAGGAUAGGAAAUCCUAGUAUAGAGGCGGUUGCAUCUCAGGCGAGCCCUGGAGGAGGUGUUCCCACACCUCCACCAGAUCCAAUUAGGCCGAUGCCUCAAAUUCCGGACACGGAUGUCCCAACUGCUAAGAUUUUUGUGGCUCUAUAUGAUUACGAUGCUCGCACGGAUGAGGACCUUAGUUUCAGGAAGGGCGAACAUUUGGAGAUUCUAAAUGAUACACAGGGAGAUUGGUGGCUUGCGAGAAGCAAGAGGACCAGACAGGAAGGAUAUAUUCCGAGUAAUUACGUUGCCAAGCUCAAAUCCAUCGAAGCUGAGCCGUGGUACUUCAGAAAAAUUAAAAGAAUCGAAGCAGAGAAAAAGCUCCUCCUGUCUGAAAAUGCACAUGGAGCUUUCCUUAUUCGAGAUUCAGAAAGUCGACACAAUGAUUACUCUCUUUCAGUGAGAGACGGAGACACCGUGAAACACUACCGUAUAAGACAAUUGGAUGAGGGAGGAUUUUUCAUUGCGAGACGAACGACCUUCAGAAACCUGCAGGAUCUCGUCGAGCAUUACAGUAAAGACGCCGAUGGACUUUGUGUCAAUUUGUGCAAACCCUGUGUACAGGUUGAGAAACCCGUAACUGAGGGUCUCAGUCACCGCACACGGGACCAAUGGGAAAUCGACAGAUCAUCAUUGAAGUUUGUUCGCAAAUUGGGCCAGGGUCAGUUUGGAGAAGUCUGGGAAGGUCUCUGGAACAACACCACACCCGUGGCCAUAAAAACACUCAAGCCAGGAACCAUGGAUCCUAAAGAUUUCCUGGCCGAGGCGCAAAUCAUGAAGAAGCUCAGGCACGCAAAACUGAUUCAACUUUAUGCAGUUUGCACGAUGGAGGAACCGAUUUACAUCAUUACUGAACUGAUGAGAAAUGGAAGUCUUCUGGAAUAUUUACAAGGGAAGGGAAGAGUUUUGAUUCUGCAGCAGUUAAUUGACAUGUCUGCCCAAAUCGCUGCUGGUAUGGCUUACUUAGAGUCGCAGAAUUAUAUUCAUAGGGACUUGGCUGCACGUAAUGUCCUCGUGGCUGAUGGUACUGUCGUCAAAAUUGCUGAUUUUGGACUCGCGAGACUGAUAAAGGAGGAUGAGUACGAGGCAAGAAUAGGAGCUAGAUUCCCGAUCAAGUGGACUGCACCUGAAGCUGCGAAUUACAGCAAGUUCAGUAUUAAAUCGGACGUCUGGUCGUUCGGAAUUCUUCUCACGGAGCUCGUCACAUACGGCAGGAUUCCAUAUCCGGGUAUGACAAAUGCCGAAGUCUUGCACCAGGUAGAGCACGGCUACCGAAUGCCUUGUCCGCCCAACUGCCCUGCGACUUUAUAUGACAUAAUGCUGGAAUGCUGGAACAAGGACCCGAUGAAGAGGCCGACUUUCGAGACCCUCCAGUGGAAGUUGGAAGACUUCUUCACCAUGGAAGGUUCUGAGUACAAGGAAGCGUCGGCUUACUGAGUAACAAUUCCUGUCGAUGCUGCAGUGUUCACUCCCUUGCCUGUUUACAAUUUGUACAGACGGUCCACGAAGCCGGGCCCAGGUUGGUCAAAGUCCUUUGCUGGAUAGAGGCAAGAGGUGUCAGGUCAAGAAACUAAACUCGACAAUUUACUCAAUACAAGAAGUUUGUGAUAUCUGAGAGUACUGUUUGGCUUGUAAAGGAGAUAUCUUUAUGAGACGUAGACAGCAGUACUGUUUAUUUUUUUAUCGUCGUAACUUUUUCGUUUUUCACAUUCUGGCUGCCAUAUUCAAGAUUCUAGAAGUGUCUAUAAUUACCAAGAGACACUUCCAAGAUUUUGGUACUUCGGGGAUGUUGGUACUUUGGUAAUUUUAAAAAGUAACGCAUUAGGUGUCUAUUCGUCUUUGCAAGCAAUAUUAAAUCAGCGUUUAAGAAUAGGUUUUAAAUUCCAGACGACAGGUUUGCAAAGUCACUUUCGGUGUAAUGUCUUUUUUCUCAAAGUUGGCCGAUGUUCAAUCACCAAUUUUCAUCUCGAGAUAAGAUAUUGGAGAGAUAAUGGUCCGUCCAUGAAAUAAAGGAGACGAAGACUAUAAUUAGAAGCUAAUUAGCUUGGAAGAAAUUGGUGAUUUGCGUCAGUUCGCCAGCUUUAAUUCUUCAUUUACUAAUGCAAACACAAUUGCAAAGGAGAAAUUGUACAAUGAUAAUUAAUACGGUAAGAAAGAGAGUCGUUAAAUGCUAAGUUAGUGAUGAGGGUCUUAAGUGGUCGAAAUUUUCAGAUAGUAAGGGAAAAUCUACGACUCGUUAAAA